UUUAAAGUGUACACAAUACCUGUAGAAAAUUUCCAGAGUUUUCGAGUCUUCCAUUUUUUGAUGGAUUCCAAAACGAGAAGAGACUGGAUAUGUGCAAAAAAAAACUACUCUCUUGUGGUUCUUGCUCUUUGUUUUCUUCAACACUAUCUCCAUGUCUCAAUAAUACUUGUUGAGGCCACAAGCGAAGUGCACAUUGUAUAUUUGGGAGAGAAAAAAAAUGAUGAUCCUGCAUCGACAAAAAAGUUUCAUCAUCAAAUGCUAACCACCUUGCUAGGAAGCAAAGAAGCUGCAUAUAGAUCCAUUAUAUACAGCUAUAAGCAUGGCUUUUCUGGAUUUGCUGCAAGGUUAACAGAAUCUCAGGCAGAAGCAAUUGCGGAGUUUCCUGGAGUUGUCCAAGUGAUUCGAAAUCGCAUUCACAAGCUCCACACUACCAGAAGUUGGGAUUUUAUUGGGAUCCAUCAGCACUUAUCGGGAAAUCUUUUAACAAAGAGCAUGGGCAAAGGAACUAUCAUUGGUUUAAUAGAUUCAGGUGUUUGGCCAGAGUCUAAAAGUUUUAAUGAUGAAGGCAUGGAUCCUAUCCCAACACAUUGGAAAGGAAUUUGUCAGCAGGGAGAGCACUUUAACUCCACCAACUGCAACCGAAAAAUUAUUGGUGCUCGCUGGUUUGGAAAAGGCGCAAUUGAACAUUUUAAAAAUCUUAACAGAACCAACACUCUGAUGGACUUUCAGUCACCAAGGGAUGGAAUUGGACAUGGCACUCAUACAGCUUCCACAGCAGCUGGCUACUUUGUCAAGAGAGCCAACUACAGAGGACUAGCUUCAGGGUUAGCCAGAGGAGGAGCACCUCUUGCUCACUUAGCAAUUUACAAGGCUUGCUGGGCCUUUGAAGGAUGCACUGAUGCUGAUCUUCUAAAGGCAUUUGACAAGGCCAUUCAUGAUGGCGUGGACAUCCUAUCUCUUUCUGUAGGCAAUGUGACUCCUUUGUUCUCUUACGUUGAUCAGCGUGAUUCAAUUGCAAUUGGUUCCUUCCAUGCAACCGCAAAAGGGAUUACAGUUGUUUGCUCAGCAGGAAAUGAUGGCCCUAUCUCACAAACCAUUGUGAACACUGCACCAUGGCUCAUAACUGUAGCAGCCACCACAAUAGACAGGGUCUUCCCAACAGCCAUUACACUUGGAAAUAACCACACUCUUUGGGGCCAAUCUAUUGACAUUGAAAAACAUAAGCAUGGAUUUGUUGGCAUCAUAUACUCCGAACGCAUAGCUUUAGACCGGACAAAUGAUUCAGCCAAGGAUUGUCAGCCUGGAAGUCUCAAUGCAACAUUAGCCUCAGGGAAAAUAGUACUUUGUUUCUCAAAAUCAGAUCAGCAGGACAUACAGUCUGCAUCAAACACCGUGCAGGAAGCCGGAGGGGUUGGACUUAUAUUUGCGCAGUUUCCCAAUGAUGGGCUCGCGUCAUGUGAUAUUCCAUGCAUCAGAGUAGGUUAUGAAGUAGGGACACAAAUACUUUCCUACAUCAGAAAAGCACGGUUUCCAAUUGCAAAGCUCAGUGACCCAAAAACUGUUAUUGGGAAAUGGGCCUCUCCUCGAGUUGCCUCUUUCUCAGCUAGAGGACCUAGUUCCAUGACACCAGAAGUUCUGAAGCCUGACAUAGCUGCACCGGGCGUAGACAUCAUAGCUGCAUUUCGACCACGUGACACAAAACAUAGCAACGGUUAUGCGCUGCUAUCAGGAACUUCAAUGGCAUGCCCUCAUGUUGCAGGGAUAGCAGCUCUCAUCAAAUCUGCACAUCCAAAUUGGUCUCCUUCAGCAAUAAAAUCAGCUCUAGUCACCACUGCUUCCCAGACUGGAACAGAUGGAACAAGCAUUUCAGCCGAAGGCCUAACCCGCAAGGAAGCUGACCCGUUUGACAUAGGCGGUGGCCAUGUUGAUCCCAACAAGGCAAUCGAUCCCGGGCUCAUUUUCGAUGCUAGUACAGAAGAUUACAUCAAAUUUCUCUGCUCCCUUGGUUACAGCAUUGACUCAAUUACCAGAUUAACCAAGACCAAUAUAAACUGCAUAACAAAAACCAAUGGGGUGAACCUCAACCUCCCUUCCAUCACAAUUCCAAACCUCAAAAGGACAGCAACUGUGACAAGAACAGUGACAAAUGUGGGGCACAUAAACUCAAAGUACAAGGCAUUGGUGCAGGCUCCUCCUGGCAUAAAAAUGACAGUUGAGCCUCAAACUUUAAGUUUCAAUAUAACCACUCAAAUUCUUCCCUUCAAAGUCAUCUUCUUCACAACUCAAAAGUUGCAUGGAGAUUACAAGUUUGGGAGCCUAACAUGGACAGAUGGAGAGCAUCUUGUCAGGAGCCCCAUAGCAAUUCGUGUGAUCGGAUUUGAAUCAUAUAAUGAUGUAUGAGAUCUCUGGGAAAUCAAAUAUGAAAUAACAACUUGUAAGAUUUUAAAUUGCUCCAA